AUGGCCAGCUCCUCAGGGUCAUUCUUUGACCCUUCUCGCAUAUCCAAGAAAGCGGCCGAACAAUACUCUUCAUCCGAUUCAGAUUCCGAUGACGAGCGCCUUCUGCCCGGCGAGGAUCGCGACGACUUCGGUGACUUUAAUCCGCGGAAAAGACGGCGAUUGGGCGGCGACAACAAGGAACGCGCCGCGCUCGGUAUUUUUGGCUCCGACAGUGAAGAUGGCAACGCAGCUUCGAAAUGGAAGCGCAAGACACUACGGAACAAGGCCAUGAACUUUGUGACGACCACGGCGAAUAAACCAAAUACGGAAGAAAGCGACCAAGACUCCGAUGACCCCCGACCGAUGCUAGGCCACACAAUGCAGGUCGAUGAAGACGACGACAGUGAGGAAGAAGCCUCUGCUGGAGUCGGCUUGGGGUUCAGCCAGCACAGAAGCUGGAACAAGGCCCGUGAGGCUGAUGAUGAUGAAAAAGACGAUGGAGAAGAAGAACAGCCCCACAGGCCGAGUUUCGCGACCAGUUUUCGAGGUGGCGGGGUGCUGGGAGUUGGCUUUGUUCCGUCCUCUGCGGCCGAACCUGUGCUGAAGGAACCACAAGGCAAAGCCAGCCAGCCACCAGCACAGAAUAAGCCGCAGCCAAGUGCCUUUGGGCCAAAGGCAAAGGGGAAACUCAAUGCCAAAUCAUUUGGUGCGCGGAUGAUGGCGAAGAUGGGGUAUGUCGAAGGCAAAGGCCUUGGUGCAGAAGGACAAGGACGAAAUGUCAUCAUCGAGGCCAAUCUUCGACCGCAAGGUGUGGGACUGGGUGCUGUUCAAGAGAAAUCCGAGCAAGAAAAGAAGGAAGAGAGACGCCAGGCGGAAUUGCGCGGAGAGACGAUUAUUGACUCAGACGAGGAAGAGAAGAAACGAAAAGCUAAAGCUAAGGCGCGGAGAAGGGGCCUCACAACCGCGACCAGCAGCGGCGGCAGCACGCCUAGACGACAAAAGACGAAAUAUCUGACUGCUGAUGCGAUCCGUACUGCAGCUCCAGGGAUGCACAUUCCCGAAGCUUUUGCGCCAAUCCUCGACAUGACAGGCCCAGGGAGCCGCUUGCUGACAUCGACAAGCGGAAUAAUGACACCGACAUCUGGAGAGGCCGAAUCCAAAGAAGUGAUUGAAUCCAGAAAGCUGGUGAAGCGUGCCCAGGCGGAUCUAAUGGCCUUUACAGAAGAAUGGAGAAGCCUCGAGGAACGCAAGAAAUGGAUUGAUCUGGAACUGGCUGAAAAAGAAAAGGAAGUUGAAGAGCUGCGUGUCGACUUUGCCCGGCUGAAGGCGUUUUCCACCUUGGUCACAGGUCGACUUACCACAGCCACAACGUUUGAGGAGGUCAUGACAGCUUUGGGCGAAGUGGAAGAUCUAAACUCUGCUGCACCAGAAGUGGCAGACAUUAUUGUUGCUGCCAUACAUACAUUUUUCAAGGAUUGGGAUCCCCUGACGGAGCCGAGCAAGUUUGCAAAGGAGCUCAGAGGGCUGGCAGGAGUCCUCAUGGGUCAAAGCCAGCAAAACAGCGCCGUUAGCAGAAACGACAAUGCAUUGCGCGAUGACGAAGGCGUUUACCGGAGACACAAGAAAUCGACGACAGCUUACGAGACGCUCAUGUACAAGAGCUGGCUCCCGCAAGUGCUCGCCGCCGUUCGCAACUGGGACGCUUUCACGCCCGGGCCGCUUCUAGAAGUAAUGGAGAGCUGGGAUGAGCUGCUUCCGCAUUUCGUGCGCGCGCAAGCUGUCGACAACAUUGCGCGCAAGCUGGACACGACGCUCUCCGACUGGAACCCGCGCGUCAAGAAGCAGAGCCACCACCUGCCGCACAUGUGGCUCUUUCCCUGGCUGCCGUACUUGCCGGCCUACCACCUGGACCCAAGGGGCACGGGGCUUGUGUCGGACGUGAAGCGCAAGUUCCGGCACCUUAUUGACGCCUGGGACUAUGCCCGCGGCGUCGUGCCCGGACUGACGCAGUGGGAGGCGGUGCUUGGGGCCCAGUGGCGGCCGCUCAUCGUCGCCCACGUGCUGCCGUCCAUGGGGCGGCAUCUUCAAAGGCACUUCCGCGUCGAUCCGGCCGACCAGGCGCCGUACCUGCCUAUACUGUCGGGCGUGCUCCGCUGGCGCGGCGUGCUGGGCGACGCGAUCCUCGCCGAGGUGCUGGCGCAGCACGUCUUCCCCAUGUGGCACCGCAAGCUGGAGGAGUGGUUGGCGCUCGACGAGGUCAACCUCGGCGAGGUCGCGGACUGGUAUGCUUGGUGGCGCAACGUGGUGCUCAAGGAUCUGGCGGGCGCCUCAAAGAGUGUAGGCGGCGAGCUCGAUCGCGGGCUGCGGAUGAUGAACAUGAAACUUGGGUAG